AUGCUGCAGGGGCGAGCUGCUUGGUGGUGCACAGUUUUUAUCCUGACCGGCUGGUGGCAAACGUCGACGGCUCAACUAGCAGGAAUAAGGUCCCUGCUGGAGUUCUACCGUGCCGGUGAUGAACGCCUAAAGUUCGAAAAACCAAAUCAACAAACGUUGCUUCCCGAGUAUGAUUUCAUCAUCGUCGGUGGUGGAUCGGCCGGUUGUGUUCUGGCAAACCGGCUGACGGAAGUGCCCCAUUGGUCGGUGCUACUGAUCGAGGCAGGAUCGCACGAGAAUCUGCUCAUGGACAUUCCAAUGUUUGCCCACUACCUGCAGACAUACAGCACCGUCAACUGGGACUAUCGGACGAAGCCGAGUGACCGAUACUGUUUGGCGUUCAAGAACAACCAGUGCCGUUUCCCGCGUGGCAAGGUGAUGGGUGGUUCCAGCGUGCUGAACUACAUGGUCUACACGCGUGGCAAUCGGCGGGAUUACGAUGCGUGGGCAGCAAUGGGAAAUCCCGGAUGGUCCUACAGGGACGUGCUGCCGUACUUCAAAAAACUCGAGAAGAACGUCGUCCCGGAUGUGCACCCCAUGUACGCUGGGCGAAAUGGUCCGGUGACGAUAUCUUAUCCCAACUACCGGUCCAGCGUGGCAAGGGCAUUCGUGCAGGCAAACAUAGAAUCCGGCGUGCCAUAUGUGGAUUACAACGGGCCCAGCCAACUCGGCACCUCAUUCACUCAAAGUACUACCAAGGACGGUCAGCGCGUCAGCUCCAACAAUGCCUACCUUUACCCGAUACGAAAUCGAACCAAUUUGCAUAUCAUACGAAGCGCGCAUGUCACAAAGGUGCUGCUCAGGCCCGAUACGAAAAGGGCCACAGGUGUUCAAUAUUACGCCAAUAAACGCUACCAUAACGUUCAAGCCCGUCGUGAAGUGAUCCUGUCCGCCGGCACGAUUGCUUCGCCACAGCUUUUAAUGCUCUCGGGCAUUGGACCCGCGAAGCAUCUGCGCCUGAAAGGUAUACGGCCCGCCGUUAAUCUCGCCGUCGGUUACAACUUCCAGGAUCACGUGGCGAGCGGUGCUCUAACGUUUCUUAUCAACCGUACCGUAACGCUUACCUCGCAGCGCAUCUUCACGCUCGAGAACUUUAUGGAGUACGAAUACCAACACACGGGUAUGAUGGCAUCGAUCGGGGCGUGUGAGGCACUCAGUUUCCACGACACAACUCAACCGCCGAAUCGUACCGCCGGUGACGGUUGGCCCGAUCUGGAGCUGCUCAUGAUUGGCGGCACACAUGCUGCCGAUCGUAUCUACGAAAGCAACUUUAAUUACAAGCCAGACACCUUUAACACGCUGUUCGGGGACAUCGAGCGGCGCGGACUGGAGGGGUAUACGGUAUUUCCAAUGAUUUUACGACCCCGCAGCAAGGGCCGUAUACGACUAGCCAGUGCCGAUCCGUUCGUGUAUCCGAUCGUACAACCGAACUACUUUGCCGAUCCGUACGAUCUGGAGAUUUCGGUGCGAGGGAUCCGGAAAGCGAUCGAGCUGACGAAAACCAAAGCGCUGAGAAGCUACGAUGCUCGUCUGCUAGAAAUACCCAUCCCAGGCUGUGAGCAGUACCGAUUCGACACGGACGACUAUUGGAGGUGUUUUACGCGACACGUUACCUACACGAUCUAUCACCACGUGGGGACCUGCAAGAUGGGACCGGCGAGUGAUCGACUAGCGGUGGUGGAUCCGCGGCUGCGAGUCCACGGCGUAGAGGGUUUGCGAGUGAUAGACGCUAGCAUUAUGCCGGAUGUUCCGGCGGGUCACACCAACGGACCAACGAUCAUGGUCGCCGAAAAGGGUGCCGACAUGAUAAAGGAGGACUGGAAGAUGCUGUAG